AUGAGGGACAGUAAGAAGAUGGUAAGUAAGAAUGUGGAGUUCAAAUAUAUAUUGCAAUGGACUCAUCACAGCAACCCAUCGGCUUUCGAUGACUUGGGAGCAGGGUAUUCAGUGUUUGAAAAGAAUCAGUGCAAAUUCAGACACUGCUUUAUAGUAAACGACAAACGGUACUUCCCGCUGCAGAUGGAGUUCGACGCGAUACUUUUCAAUGGAAAAGAUAUUUCAAAACUUACAAGGUACGAAAUGCCAACUAAGAGAAGACCGAAACAAAAAUACAUCUUUGUCGCGAUGGAGUCGUCAGAUAAUUACCCAGUGUGUGAUGAGCACUACGAUGGAUUCUUCAAUUGGACAUGGACUUACAAAGUGGACUCCGACUUUCGUUGGGGAUACAUAACAGCUUACGACCUGAACGGCACUGCGGUCGGUCCCGCGGUCGACAUGAAGUGGGAAAAAGACAUGAGACCAAUCAGUAAGGAACUGAAAGAGAAGUUGUCGAGUAAAAAGAAGGCCGCGGCAUGGUUCGUAUCGAACUGUUCGACUAAAAGAAAAAGAGAGUUCUUUGUUAAAAAAGUUCAGAGGGAAUUACACGAGUUCGGGUUGACGGUCGAUGUAUACAGCGCACGCUGUGGGACGUUUAUUUGUCCGAAGACGGAGGCAGCAAGAUGUUUCAAAAAGAUUGAAACUGAUUAUUAUUUUUACUUCUCCUUCGAGAACUCUUUUGCUGAGGAUUACGUGACUGAGAAGCUAGGAACUGCUUUGUUAAAUUACGCCGUUCCUGUUGUUUAUGGUGAAGCAAACUACUCCAGAUUCCUACCACCAGGUAGCUACUUAGACGCCAUUGCUUUAGGGCCAAAGGAGUUGGCUCGACAGAUGAAAAAUAUUAUGGACAACCCACCGUUGUACCACGAUUUCUUCAGAUGGAGAAAUCAUUACUCGUAUCAAAAUACUGUCUCUAAAGAUAUUUGUAAGCUUUGUGAGAUGCUGUAUGAUAAAAGAAAAAUGUCACAGACCACCACUUGGUACAACUUUAGGUCUUGGUGGAAUGGUGCUCGCUAUAAAGAGAAUUGUCACUCUGCAGUUAAACGCACGGCUUUAUGA